CAAUCUUUCACCAAAUUCUCUCGUUUUGAUCAAAUCAACGGCUCUCAGAUUCUAAAUAACAUACGAGGCAAUUUAUGUUGUCAUGCAAAUGCCCAUGCCCAUGGCUAAACUGAACAAUUCGAUGAUCAAUCAAUGGCCUGGAGAUUCUGAGUUCCCCCACAAACAAACACCCGCCAAAAUCAUCCAUGAUAUUCCCCUUUAUUAUUCAUAUGCUUUCUCCCUAUACAUAUAAAAACCAUCCUCAUGGAGAACUCGCCCGAGAAUUGCAAUGUCAAGGUGGCCUUGCAUAUCCGUCCUCUCCUCCGCCACGAGUCCCAAAACGGCGGCCGAGAAUGCUUGGACGUCGUCCCAGGGACCGCUCAGGUGUUAAUGGGUUCACAUUCGUUUAUAUUUGAUCAUGUUUAUGGAGGAGGUGGGUCUCCAUCAAAGAAUAUGUUUCAAGAGUGUGCUGUUCCUCUCUUGGAUGCUUUGUUUCAAGGAUACAACGGCACGAUUAUCGCGUAUGGGCAGACAGGUUCGGGGAAGACUUACACCAUGGGUACCUCCCCAAAAGAAAGUUCCCACACAGGACUUAUGUUUCAAGUUAUGAACAUAAUAUUUGACAAGAUUCAAAAACUGCAACAUGAAUCUGAAUUCCAGUUGCAUGUUUCCUUCAUUGAGAUUUUGAAAGAAGAAGUGAGGGACUUGCUGGAAUCGGGAAUUACCAACGGAAAUCCUGAUAAUAAGCAUCCGUUACAAAUCCGCAAAGCAUCAGAUGGAGCUCUGAGCCUAAGCGGGUCGACAGAAGUUAGCGUUAGCACACAUAAAGAAAUGUCAGCUUGCCUUGAGCAAGGAUGUUUGAAUCGAUCAGUAGCGUCAACGGAUAUGAACAAUCAAUCAAGCCGCUCCCACGCAAUAUUCACCAUAAUUUUAGAGCAGAAGGAUAAAAAUAAAGAUGAAACCAGUUCUAGCGGGCUUGUUAUGUCCGAGGAGUACCGAUGUGCAAAGCUGCAUUUGGUAGACCUUGCUGGAUCUGAGCGAGCUAAGAGAGCAGGUUCGGAAGGGGUUCGUUUGAAAGAAGGAAUUCAAAUCAAUAAGGGGCUUCUUGCACUAGGGAAUGUCAUCAGUGCACUAGGAGACGACAAAAAACGAAAAGAGGGACUGCAUAUACCUUAUCGAGACAGUAAACUUACGCGGUUAUUACAGGCUUCACUUGGUGGCAAUUGUAAAACUGUCAUGAUAGCGUGCGUCAGCCCUGCUGAUUAUAACGCAGAGGAAACUCUUAAUACUCUCAAGUAUGCUAAUCGUGCUCGCAACAUUCAGAACAAAGCUUCGAUCCAAAAAGAAGUAUUUCCUGCUGACACACAUAAGUUGAGGCAGCAGUUAAGAUUGUUGCAGGCCGAACUUUCUCACAGGAAGGAAGCUGAACUUGUUGAAGUGCAGGAUCUUAAAAGAAAAAUUGACCGGCUAGAGGCUACCAACUCAGAACUCGUUGAAAAGAUGAAUGAAUAUCAUAGCAAAAGUGCACGUGUGGAGGCUACUAACUCAGAACUUGUUCAAAAGAUGAAUGAAUAUCGCAGCGAAUAUGCUUUUGUGGAGGUUUCUAACUCAGAACUAGUUCAAAAGACGAAUGAUUAUCGCAGCAAAUGUGUGGUUGUGGAUCUUCAUGACACAGAUGCUAACCCUGAGAUGAAGCUUCGUGGAUCUCCUGAUGUGGAAGCACGCGAGCGACAAUCAAGGGAGAAAAUCAUAGCACUAGAGGAAGACAAGAGAUCACUGCAGAUAGAACGCGAUAGGUUGCGCGAAGAAAUUGCACGUCUUGAAGCUGCGGAGGUGCAAACGAUGAAUGCUCAGAAUCCUGAGAUUACAGAUUUGGAGGCGAAACAUGAACAAGAGAUUGAACUUGUAAAGCAAAAAUGUCAUGAUGCAAAGAAACGACUACAAGAUGAGCUGCGUGGUAUCAAGUCCCAAAAGGUACAGCUACAGCAGAAGGUGAAACAAGAUGAAGAGCAAUAUCGGCAAUGGAAGGCCGAUCAUGAGAAGCAAAUGCUGCAGUUAAAGAAAGAUAGCAGGAAAAGUGAAGUUGAAUUGCAGAAAUUGCAAGCUCUAUACCAACGCCAAGCACAGGUUCUUCAAAGGAAAACAGAAGAAGCUGAAAGAGCUACCAAAAAGCUAAAAGAGUUGCUUAAAUCACAAAAGCUAACCACAAAGCAAACCAUACGCCGUGAAACUACUGGUCAACCAAGAGGACAAAACCGGUCCGGACAGAUCAAAACUUUGAAGAGAUGGCUUGAUAAUGAACUUGACAAACUAAUGCAUGUGUAUAAACUCCGCAUGGACCAUGAAAAUCGAACUUUGAGCCAUGCAAAACUUAAGGAGGACUUGAGUUUUCUGAAACAGCAGGAUAGAGCUUCUUCUCGUGGACGACCCGCACCUCAGAGAGGGCCUUCAUUGUCACCAAACACGCGAGCGGUUAGGAUUGUUUCACUUGAAAGCAAGGUGAAAUCUUCUACGGAAGCUCUUUCUAAGCUAUCUUCGCAGAUUCAAGAGGCAGGGCGGGGACACGAUCCUGCCUCUGCUGGAAGAUGGAAAGCGUUACACUCUCUAGGAGAUGCAAAGGAAUUGCUUCAGCACUUAUUCAGUAUCGCUAUCGAGGCAAGACGCCGGUUGUUGGAAAAGGAAUAUGAAGCCAAGGACAGACAUGCUGGUUCAACACAAACAGCCUCUAUCCAAAAAUCAAGUUCGCUAACAAACAAGUUGAAGGAAAUCGAAGAACGAGGUGUGAAAACCGCAAGGGAUAAGACGCCUUCAAAGAGAUCAAAAGGAUUAGAGCUGCAACCUCUUACAAUCGGCUCUGCUCCUCUAAAGGGAAGGGCUACAACUUCGUUAGAUAUUUUCGCAGAUAUGGGUUUGGAAUCUCCAUUGCCGUUCCCAGAAUCAAGGCAACUUGACUCUAAAGCAGGAAUCUGCAAUAGGCCACUCAAAGUGGCUUUUAAACAAACACAAAAGAUGAUACCAAUGGCACAUGUGUCGAUGAAAAAGUUGCCACUCGGUGAACAGAAGGGAAAAAUCUCGAGGUGGAGGCGAAGUCAUGAUGAAUGGCUGAUACAGUUCAAGUGGAAGUGGCAGAAACCGUGGAAGCUGUCAAACCUGAUCAAAACCAGCGAUCAGGUCAGAAACAGUGACGAUACAUUAAAGGGUCAAGAUUUGUCUCUCAGGCUUGGUCCAACCACAUGAGUAGUCUUCUCCUUGCUAGCUUCUACCUCUUUAAGGCCGAUCGGGAUGAUGGUUUUAUCUUAUGAUUUUACUUGGAACAAUCAAUCUUGUUAGAGGUUUUAAGGUGAAGAGGAACAGAGAUAAUUGAGGUUAAACAUACAUGUUACAAAUUUAAAGGAGACAUUGCAUCAGAGUUAGGAUCAAAAGAAAACCGAAAAAAAGGUAGCUGGAUAACUGAUUUGUUAAGUUUUUAGUAGAAUAUUAUUUGUAAAUAGUUUUUUUUUUUCAAUUGGUGAAGGUUAGCAAAAUUUUGUAUCAUUUAGUUCAAUCCCAAAGAAACGGGAUUCGAACAAUGUAUGUAUUUCCUUAUCUCAAACAUGAUUUUACUGUCU